UUUCAAUUCAGGCACCCCACCUGGAAUUCCAGGAAAUUUUUAAGUGGCUACAGUGUCUGGCUUUGGUGGUUUUCGAUAAGUUUUUAAUCUCAUUUUCAUUGAAUAUAAAUUAUUAUAAUUUUUGAACGAUUUCUUGGUAAAAACUGUUUGAUACGGUAGUGAAAGUGGUACUUCCAAAGACUUUUGUGUAAUUUACUGGUACACCAAGACUCCGAUAUGACAAACGAAGCCCCGAAGGACGACUCAUCCAUGCAGCCCCCCAUGGAAACUGAAGAACGUCCUCAAGGGCGUGACUCCGAUAUGACAGACGAAGCCCCGAAGGACGACUUAUCCAUUCAACCCCCCAUGGAGACUGAAGAACGUCCUCCAGAUGUGGUUACGGAGGCUAAAACGUCAAAUGUCAUGUCGCCUCCGAAGUUUCCUCCGAUGAUGUUUCGUAAAAACAAGUAUAGGCCUAAUGCGCCGACAGCUACUGUUGUCAACCUGGACCCAAGACCGGGGCCAUCAUCAAGGACCAGCUCACAAAGAAGAAAACCUAUGUACUUCAUAGAUUUGAGCUCGAGCGAUGAAGAGGCGGAACUAUGUGAAGUUUCAGAAAAAUCGGAAAUGGAAGUUUCGGAAGAGGUCUUUUCAGAAGACAACAUUUCCGAAGCGUCAAGCUAUUCUAGUCGCUCUACAGACAGUAGCUAUUCUGACAUCGCCUAUAAAAAAAAACGCAUUUAUUACUGCAUUCCGUCAUGCCUCGUUUGCUCCACGCCUGCCUUCGGAAGUUCGGUUUAUUGCUGUACGCAUGAACCAGUUGAUAAGGUUAUUGUGGUCCAAAAUUCUACGGGAAAAAUAUUAAACGACCGCCACGAUGUAGUCUCUACUCCGCUGCCCUCAUCACCUCUUUCGCCAUCAAGAGGGCUUGUUGUCGUUGGCAAUCCACCAGACGAAAUACUAAGCGGCCAUGACGAGGUACUGUCUUCUCCUCCGCCGCUCUCACCAGCGCUAUCGCCAGAAAAGGCUAUUCUUGUCCAGAAUGCAAUAGACGAGAUACUGAGCUGCCGCAGCAACGUAGACACUUCACCGUCACUCUUAUCGCCAGGCUUAUCACUUCCAUCGGCAGAAAAGGGUUUUGUCGUUGAAAAUUCAACAGGCAACAUAUUAAACGACCGCCACGACGUAUUGUCCACUCCUCCGCCUGAUUUAUCGCCAGAAAAGGAUAUGCUAAUUCAAAAUGCAGUGGACCAAAUGUUUAGCGGCCGCAGCGACGGAAUGUCUACUUCUCCCCCACUGUUAUCGCCGCUCUUGUCCUUGCUAUCGCCAGAAAAGGGUGAUGUCGUUGAAAAUUCAACAGGCAACAUAUUGAGCGACCGCCACGAUGUAGUGUCUACUCCGCCGCCUUUACAACCAACUCUACCAUUACCACAAAGAACGGUUACUUUCGGUGGAAAUUCAAUAGGAAAACGACUAAGCGAUCGCCGCGAGGUAGUGUUUACUCCCUCGCCGUCCUCAGAACAGAACAAUAGAAUUUCACUGACACCACGAAUAAAGGUUACUUUCAGUGCAAAUCUAACAAGCAAAAGACUACGCGAUCGCCGUUACGUAGUGUUUAGUCCUCCGCCGCCCUUACAACCACUUCCACCACGAAGAAAGGUAACUUUCGGUGGAUAUUUAGCAGCAAAAAGACUAAGCGGCCGCCGCGACGUAGUGUCUAUUCCUCCGCCGCACUGUGGGCCAGAAACCCCUUAAAAUAUGGAAAAAGUGUUAAGUUAUGUUUUAUGAUUUUUUUUUGUGCAUAAAACGUUUAAAACAAAACUAGUUUAUUAAUUUUUAAAAUGUAUUUGAAGCUUGUCUAAAGUUUGUUUAACGAUGUUAUACAGCUUGUGCGAAAAUAAUGGCACCAUAUGAA